AUGAGCGACACUUUACCGGCCUUGGCGGCCUUUACCCUCGUGGAGGCCUAUUUCCUACAGCGCACGGUCUUCGCAGAGGAGACCUUCCGGACAGUAUGUCUGGGUGCGUUAGGAGUGAACCUCCUUAUGAAGGCCCUGUAUGGGAUCAUCAUCUGGCCUUUCUUCCUGAACCCGCUGCGCCAUCUGCCCAAAGUACCGGGUCUGAUGAACCAUGCCUCGAUCAUCUUCGACUCACCUAGAGGGCGGAUGCCUCUGCACUGGAUGAAGACCAUUCCAAAUGAAGGCCUCAUCCACAUGCGUGACAUGAUCUGCAAGAGCUACGUGAUCGCAACGAACCAUCAAGCCCUGCUGGACAUCAUGAGCACCAACACCUACGACUUCGAGAAGCCAUGGCGAUUCCGUAACUUCUUGGCUCGCAUCAUCGGCUUUGGAAUGAUUCUUUCCGAGGGCGCCGCUCAUAAAAAGCAGCGUAAAGCACUCACCCCCGCGUUCAAUAUCAAGAAUAUCCGCUCCAUGUACUCACUAAUGUGGGAGAAGACUGGCCAAUUCUUGGAUGAGAUGGAGAAAGAGUUAAUGCAUCAUCCCAUGGAGGGGACCAAUGCUGAUGAGAAGAUUGGCAAGUUGGAAGUUGGAGAAUGGGCGAGCCGUCUAACGCUCGACAUCAUUGGCCCUGCAGCCAUGGGUAGAGACUUCUGCUCGCUCCAGGAUAAGGAUAACCGUGUCGCUGAGAGUUUCCUUAAUAUCCUUGAGCCGACCACAGAGAAGAUGGCCUUCCUGGCAAUGAACUUCACCCUGCCUCAAUGGAUUGCUCAACGUGUGCCCUGGCGUAUGAACGAUGUCAUCACCAACGAAACCAACUUCCUCCGGAAUCUAUGCAACGAUAUCGUCCGCGAGAAGCGUCAGACCCUUGCUGCGUCCAAGGCUUCUGCUAAGGACCUCGAGGCUGAUAUCCUGGGUACGAUGAUGCUCGGUGGAGAUUUCUCGGAUACCGAGUUGGUUGAUCAGAUGUUAACUUUCCUGGCUGCCGGGCAUGAAACAACAGCUAGCGCCCUAACUUGGGCCUGUUACCUCUUGACCCUACACCCAGAAUACCAAACCCGUCUCCGCGAAGAAAUCCGUACUCAAAUCCCAUCCGGUACAAGCCCAAUAACCCACCAAGACCUCGAAUCCCUCCCACUCCUCAACGGCGUCUGUCAAGAAGUUCUUCGUCUUUAUCCGACAGUCCCGGCCACAAUCCGUGAAUCAGUCCGGGAUACGGUUGUGGCAGGCAAGCAUGUCCCAAAGGGAACACGAGUAAUCCUAUGCCCCUAUGCCAUCAACCGAUGCCCCUUAUUCUGGGGUGAUAACGGGGAAGAGUUCCUGCCUGAGCGAUGGAUCGACACAGACAAGAAUGGGAAACAAGUGCCAAAUAACAAUGGAGGUGCAUCUACAAACUUUGCACAGAUUACAUUCCUACAUGGUCCGCGUGCUUGUAUUGGUAAGGACUUUGCACGUGCUGAGCUGAGAUGUGCCGUCGCUGGUGUUGUUGGUCGGUUCAGGUUUGAGAUGCAGGAUCCUAAACAGGAGAUUCAUAUUGCUGGGGCUGUUACCACGAAGCCUGUUGAGGGUAUGAACUUGAGGAUGCAGAGGGUUGAUGAGUGGUAG